AGGGGGAGGAGCCAACAGGUGGAGACGAGUCAGAGCCGACAGGCUCCGCCCAGUGCCGCGUCACAUGUUGUUGACAUCAGAGCAAACCUGUUUCAAACCUGUUAUAAUUCUGAGGAAGAGAAACUCAGACCGUCGUGGUGACAGAGCGGUGAAAUGGCAGGAGUUCAUCUGCAGAGAGAAACCUUGUCUUGUUCCAUCUGUUUGGAUCUUCUGAAGGAACCUGUGACUCUUUCCUGUGGACACAGCUUCUGUAAGAACUGUAUUAAAGACCACUGGGACUCAGAGGAGCAGAGGAGGAUCUACAGCUGCCCUAAGUGUAGAAAGAUCUUCACACCGAGGCCUAAACUGAAGAAAAACGUCAUGUUAGCAGAUUUAGUGGAGGAGCUGAAGAAGACUGAACUCCACGCUGCUCCUGCUCAUCACUGCUAUGCUGGAGCUGAAGAUGUGGACUGUGAUGUCUGCACUGGCAGGAAACGUAAAGCUCACAAGUCCUGUUUGGUUUGUUUGGCCGCUUACUGUGAGGAACAUCUCCAGCCUCAUCAUCAAUCACCUGCAUUUAAGAAACACAAGCUGAUGGAGCCGUCCAAGAACCUCCAGGAGAACAUCUGCCCUCGUCACGAUGAGGUGAUGAAGAUGUUCUGCCGCACUGAUCAGAAGUGCAUCUGUUAUCUCUGCUCUGUGGACGAACAUAAAGACCACGACACAGUCUCAGCUGCAGCAGAGAGGACGCACAAGCAGAGAGACCUGGAUCUGAGUCGUGUAGAAGUCCAGCAGAGACUCAGGGACAGAGACAGAGACGUGAAGGUGCUUCAACAGGAGAGGAAGACUCUCACUCUCUCUGCUGAUAAAGCUGUGAAGGACACAGACCAGAGCUUCACUGAGAUGAUGGGUCUCCUGCAGAAGAGAAGCUCUGACGUGAAGCAGCAGAUCAGAUCCAAGCUGGAAACUGAGGUGAGACGAGUCACAGACGCCGAGAAGAAGCUUCAGCAGGAGAUCACUGAGCUGAAGAAGAGAGAAGCUGAACUGAAGCAGCUCUCACUCACACACGACCACAACCAGUUUCUCCUCAACUACCGCUCACUGCCAGCACUCAGUCCGUCCACACACUCGUCCACCAUCAACGUCCGUCCUCUGAGACACUUUGAGGACUUGACAGCGGCUGUGGCAAAGCUCAGAGGUCAACUGCAGGACGUCCUGACCGAGACGUGGACAGACAUCUCACUGGCUGUGGCUGAAGUAGAUGUUUUACUGACAGAACCAGAACCAGAACCAAAGACUAGAGCUGGAUUCUUCAGAUAUUCAGAGGAAAUCAAACUGGAUCCAAACACAGUUCACACACAUCUGUUAUUAUCUGAGGGAAACAGAAAAGUGACAUUUAUGGAUAAAGAUCAGUCUUAUCCUCAUCACACAGACAGAUUCACUGGUUAUCGUCAGGUCCUGAGUGAAGAGAGUCUGACUGGACGUUGUUACUGGGAGGUGAAGUGGACAGGAAGAGGAGUUUAUGCGGCAGUGACGUACAAGAACAUCAGAAGAUCAGGUUCACAUGAAAGUUUAUUUGGAUUAAAUGACAAAUCUUGGGCUUUAGAUUGUGAUGAACACAAAUGUCAGUUUGUUCACAACAGUAUCAAGACUGUUGUCUCAGAUGUUAAAGUCUCCAGAGUGGGAGUUUACCUGGACCACAGAGCAGGUCUUCUGUCCUUCUACAGAGUCUCUGACACCAUGACUCUGCUCCACAGAGUCCAGACCACGUUCUAUCAGACUCUCUAUGCUGGAGUUUGUCUUUAUUCUUCAUCUGGAGCCACAGCAGAGUUCUGUAAACUCAAAUAAUCUGGAGUUCUUUCAGCAGCAGUGAGUUAAACUCUGAGUUUAAAUCUUUAACUUUUGACUUUUGAAUUCAAACUGUGAGCAACUUUAUUGACAAAGUUUCUUUCAUUUGCUCAUUUUGUUAAGUGUAUUUGAUUCAUGGUUAAGUGCAAAUGAUUCAUGGUUAAGUGUAAAUGAUUUAUGGUUAAGUGUAAAUGAUUCAUGGUUAAGUGUAAAUGAUUCAUGGCUAAGUGUAUUUGAUUCAUGGUUAAGUGUAAAUGAUUCAUGGUUAAGUGUAAAUGAUUCAUGGUUAAGUGUAAAUUAUUUAUGGUUAAGUGUAAAUGAUUCAUGGUUAAGUGUAAAUGAUUCAUGGUUAAGUGUAUUUGAUUCAUGGUUAAGUGUAAAUGAUUCAUGGUUAAGUGUAUUUGAUUCAUGGUUAUGUGUAAAUGAUUCAUGGUUAAGUGUAUUUGAUUCAUGGUUAAGUGUA